UCGGAGGGAUCGCCAUCUUGGUUUUUUUGAAGCGUUUUUAGGCAGCACGUUGAGAUUUAUAUUCAGCGAAUGCGAACUUCAAAACAAGAUUGAGCGUAUACAUGAAGAAUACAGAGGAAAAAUGCCUAAGGAUGACAAAAAGGAAUCUUACAAGGCACUUAUGGUCGACAAUUAUAGCGAUAAAAAUGACAUUAAAAAAGCUUACAAGAAACUAGCUCUUCAGUUUCAUCCGGACAAGAAUUCGAACGAAGGAUCUCCUAAAAAACGGUUCGAAGAACUUAGUAAAGCUUUCGAAAACCUUGUCAUAGAAGAAGCAAAUGAUCCUAUUAAAGACAGCGACAAGAUUUUUUUCGAUUUUCUUGAGGAAAUUCUCUUUGGUUCUGAUGGCAAUAGUGACUUUUACUCUUUCUUUUGUGGAUCAAAACAACAUUGCUGUAGCACGUUAGAUGGUGAUCCUGAUUUUAGAGAGUAUCAGGAUGAUGAAUAUGAGGAAGAUAUUGAUGGCGAGAGUGAGUUGGACAUCCUCAUAGAGAUUGUCAAGAAUCGUAGGAAAAAAGGAAAAUCAGUUCCUGAAAUGUUCAAUGAAAACAAGAUUCUAGAACUCAAGACCAUGCUCUGUCAACAUAAAGAGGAAAUGAGGAAAGACAAUUCCAAAAAGCAACAUGCAAUGAAGAAAGGCAAAACACCAGUACCAGUUGCUAAGCCCAAACCUAAAAGUAAGAAACAGUUACUAGCUGAGCAGCGGAGAAGAGCUAAGGAAAUGGAACAAAUUGCUAUGGAACUGGAGGAGAAGAGAAAGGAAGAUGAAGAAAAGGACAAGCAAAGAAAACAGAUGGAAGUGGAAAAGCAGAAGAGAUUGGAAGAAGAAAGAAUCAAAUCUCAGAAUGAGGAGAGGAAAAGGAAAGAAAGAGAACAAAAGGAAAGAGAAAAACAACAGAGACAGGAGCUGGAGAAGGAAGAGAGACGACAUCGACAGCAGGAGGAAGAAAAGAAGAGAAAAGAAGAAGAAGAAAAAAGAAAGAAAUCUGAAAAGGAGAAAGCAGACAAGGAAAAGGCAGCAAGAAAGGCAGCACUACAAGCUGUAAAAGAAAAAGAAGAACAAGUCAAAGCUGCAAAUAAAUUACAGUCUGCUAAGCGUCAACCACAACAACAACGCACAGACCAACAACAGUAUCCUCGAGAAAUUCCUCCUAGAUUCCAGAAGAUGAAGAAGCAGCAGCAACAACAACAACAAAUGCACCAGCAACAGUCACAAUCUACACAAUUCCAGUCAAACCCACCAACGAUACAACAACAAAGCAGAGCAUUGGUAAAACCUCAACCUCCAGUUGGCAAGAAAAAAGACCCCAAUAGAUUUUCUUCUAAAGAGUACGCAGGGUUAAUCAAUGAAGUUGACGACAGUGGAUGGCCCAAGGGACAAUCCAAAGGAAGUGGCUGGCCAACACCCACAGAAAAUUGGGAUCAAGACACUGAAAAAUGGGGUGCCGUCGAUAGAGAAUGGGGCGGAAAGGAUGGAAAUUGGCAACAAGUUGUUGACAAGACUGAUGGAGAAGCAUGGCCUGCUGUCGGGGAUAAAUCUUCAGGAGACUCUACUAGUUCUGACUUAGGGACUAAACAAUCUUCAACUAGUACUUCAGGAACUCUUGACAAUAUUUCUGUGUCUUUACCAUUGAACUCCAAGCCUAGAAACAUGUUUACAAAUAGUUUGACUUCUCAACAGUCUUCUACUACGAAGGCACCAGACUGGACUGGAAAUACGGUGUUAACCAAUGAAUCGUGGGAUGCGGUUUGUGAUGAUUCCUUAGAUCGAGCACUAGAUGCAGCAGACUCUAAACUGGGUGUGGUGGGGUCUGGGGGAGCAGGGAGUGUUGGCUGGGGUGGAAUGGGUACAGGAGGCCUUGGAGGGCUGAUAGGCACUCCACUAGGCUGGGAUCCUGCAGCUAUAAAUUCAAAGACUGACACUUCUUCUAGUACUGUAAAGCAGGGAUGGGCUAAUGAAGCGCACCCUGCACCAUCCAUAGACUCAAACUCUUGGAACAAAACUCCAGGUAAAGCACCGAAAACUAAAACCCCUAAUAACAUGUUGAACAAGUCACCUGCUGUUAGCACUUGGGGUGGUACCCCAGCAGAUUCUAGCUCGGCAUGGGUUGAAAAAUCUGAGCAGUUAAAAAACAUGAACAAAUCUGAUGCUUACUCCACAACAAACUCUUCUAGUAACUCUCAACCUCAAACGUCUUUUGCAAAUAAGCAAACUGUUGAUUCAUCUGCGGACAAAGUUAMAACAAAAUCUGAAACUUCAGGAUGGGAUGAUGCUGGUCCGAAACCCAGUUGGGGUGCGAAAACACCCGACAUUACUGGAACUGCAUGUUGGGAUACUGCUUUAGGUACAACUAGAAAAGGUACGGAAGCAAAGGAAAAGAAGGUUAAUCAGGAAAGAUCUGGAUCAGGAUGGUUGGAUGAUGGUACUGAAUGGAAUCAAGGUAAUGUAAGCAAGGAAGAUGAGGAGAAUGGUGAUGGUGCUUGGGAUGGCUGGACAACAGCAUCUUCUAAACGGAAUAGAGCUCCUAAACCUGUACAAAGUACAACUGAAAGUAAUGCAAGUAAUGCUUGGAUGAGCCGAUCACUAAAACAACUUCUAGACAUGGGUUUUAAGCAAGAAGAUGCAGACAAAGCUCUGAGAGCCAAUCACAUGAACAUUGAAAGUGCAAUAGGUGAUUUAUUGUCUAUGGCAGCAAGCACUACAGAGCAAUCACAGACUGUAUCUAGUUCUACAUCAAAUACUUCAGCUGAACCAAGCACAUCAAAUAGUUCUGAAUCACAACAACCACCAGCAAAACAGAAUAGAAAGCAAAGGCGUAAGACACAGCAGCAACAGCAGCAGCAACAACAGCAGCAGCAGCAACAGAACACUACAGGUCAACAAAGCAAGCUAGAAAAACAAGAUGAAGAGCUGCCAAAUGAGAACGCUUGUAAAACGACCACAGAGACAUUUACGCAAGACGUGCCAGAUACAACUAAUAAAAUUGUAGCAAGCGAGUCACAGCAAACCACACCCACCCCCUCUCAGCAACCAAAUGACAAGACAAGAACUGCUUCAGAUCUAUCCAAUCAGCCGCCAUCUUCUAAACCUUUAGGAACCCCAGGAUUGACUGGAACAAAUCCGAAGAGGGGUGGUCCUGCCCUCAUGCAGCCACCAACUCCGGGUGUACCCACCCCUCUACGCACACCCAUCUCACAUCCUUUGCUACAGCAACAGUUAAUGCAGCAAUAUCAUCUUCAACUACGUAUGGCUCAGGGAGGGUUGCUUCAGCCUCCUGUGACUCCACAGCAGUUUGCUUUGUUUCAACAAAUGGCACGACUAAGGUUGGUUCAGCAAGGACUUGCUCAGCAGCAGCUUAAUCAGAAACACAGUCCACACAAUUCCCAGCAACUAUAUCAACAGCAACAACAGAUUGCACUUGCACUAGCUCAGUUACAACAGCAGCUAUUGCAGCCACAGCCACAGCCAGCAGGAAACAGGUUCCCAUCACCACCAUUUCCUGCAGCUGGUCAGGUGCAGCAGUCUCCUGCCACGGCAGGCACUCAACAGCAGCAAGCACCACAGAAAACUGGUGGAAAACCAGGAGUCAUGGACAAGACUAAUGAUGCACCACCUAUGACUUCUGAAGUAGGAACCACAGAGGUAUCCCAAGCUAAAGAAGCCAUCUCUGUUACUGGCCCUGUUGCUAGUGUGUCUCUAGAGGAACGAGGGAAGCAGACUUCACCUGCACCACAGUCUCGCUUAACACAGUGGAAGCAGCCCCUUCUGCCCGACCCUGAUCAGACUGCCUUAAGUAAUGAUACCCAGGGACAGUGGAGUUCUUGUGGCCUGAGGUCUGAACCAAAUCCAAGCAUCUCACCCAGGAUUACCCACGGGUCUGUGUCUAGCAGAUGGGGUGUGGAUGCUGCACCGAAGCUGUCAGCUGAUCCACCGGAGUUUAAACCCGGUGUCCCUUGGCGUCCACGCAAGGAAGGAGAAGAAGUCUCACCCAAGAGUGAAAGUGUGUCUUCGAUGUCAUCUCCUGUCAGUCCAGCAAAGCAGACCUCCAGACAAAGCAGUUUUACUGAAACUUCAUUGACCAACCCAUCUCAGUAUCCAUCCUUUGGUAUUGGGUCAUCACCAUGGCAGUCUACAGGUUCGGCUGACUCGCUACUUGCCAAGCCCACUGCAUCAUCCAUACGGCCUCCCCCUGGUCUUAACAACCAUAAUACUCCUGCUGACACUGCGAACUUAGAGGAAGAACAUUCUUGGGUCAGUGACCUCGUUGACACCGCUCCAGCACCACGCUUCAGCCAUAAUGGACCCCAAAAUGACUUUAAGUUUGGUCACCUAGGAUUCCCAAUGAGUGGAGCCGCUUGGAGCAUACAAGAUGGACAACCCCUCACAGCACCUGAUCCUAAGCCCUGGGCUGCUCCAGGGGGACCAUCCCCUAUCGCUACGUCAUCCGCAGUUCCCAUGGCAACGACAGUUGGACCUGUCAGUGGUACUAACCCAAGUGCUGAAAUUUCCAAGGCACCUAAUACAGGCAUCAGCUCGUGGUCUGUCAAUCAGCCAAUACCAAGCUCAGAGGAAAAGCUUUCUCGGCCAAUGGUGACGUCUGAAAGUGGGCCAUUGGUGCGUAGCGAUGCCGCUAGUAUUGUUGGUACUGUUAUUACUGGUGGUACUGGUGGUAAGAGUGGAAGUGGCUCUUUAUCAACUUGGCUAGUCUUACGGAACAUCCCUCCUCGGGCGGAUAUCAAUGCUAUUCGUGCAGUAUGCCAACAGCACGGCCCACUUCUAACCUUCCAGUACAACAUGCGAUACGGUAACAGUCUGAUUCGAUAUGGCAGUAAAGAACAAGCAGCGAGUGCACGCAGUCUCGUCAAUGGUAUGGUCCUACAAGGAGGGCAAGUAACGGCUGACUUCGCCACAGACAGCGACAUAGCAGGCUUCUUUGAGCAGCCAGUAGACUGGAGUAAUAACCCAUUUCCUUUGAAUUCAACCUAUGGGAACCAUUGGUCUUUCCAAAAUAUGCCAGGCUUAGGAACAAGAGAAGCCCCCUCGGCACCAGGAUUACAAAGGCCUGCUUCACAGCCUGACCAAGGAGCUCCUUCUGAGGGUAAGACAACAUCAGUCCCAUCUCUCACUCAUGGGCCACCUCCAAACAUGCAGUGGGGAAACUCGGGCACCGCCAACGCCCAAGUCUCAUCGCAGCUGUGGGGUGCACCCCUACCCGGUGCCAACGUAGGCUUCAACUCGCAAGUACCCAGCUUAUGGUCGUUUGCUACUAGUGACAACAAUGAAGGAAAUCCACAAUCAGGGACAAGUGAAAAUGGACUCGUUAGCCCAUCAAUGACCACCUUUUUACCUCCUGGGUUACUCAACGGAGGUGAAUCCGUCUGAACUCCAAUCCAUUCCUAAGACUUUUAUUUUCGUGUGUUUUAAAUCGUUUCUUUGUGUAUGUGUUCACGUGUAACUGUGUGUGUAUGCGUGUUUAUUUCAUUUAUCUGGCCUCCCUGCAACAUGGGUUGGCCUGUGUGGUGUACUAAGUGUUCUAUCAUGAAUUAAAAUUUCAAAGCAGAGA